AUGGUGUUUUCGAGAAAAAUUUGCAACCGUGCAGGACUUGGGAAAAUGAUAUGGUCACAAGCUAGCAAACACAGUCAUGUCAUUCAAGAGGAAGUGGUCAAUCAUGAAAUUGAAACUCAAGAAGAAGUGAUCACUAGUGCAGUUAAAACUGAAGAACCAGCGGGAACUUACCAUAUAGAGGAACCAAGUUGCCAAGCUGAUGAUGGAGCUAAUAUUGUAACAAUUGGUGACUUUGAACCAUUUGUAGAGGAUUAUUCACUUUAUGUUGAUUAUGAUGUUGAGUUUAAUGUUCAAACUUCAUGUGAACAACAACCAGAAGUGGGUUAUCUAGAGGGUAUGGUGAGUGAUGAUAGUGGAGAGGCUUUCUAUUCUGAGAGUGGACAUGGUUCUGAGGGUAGUGGAGAUGAUUUUGAUGAUAGUGAAUACAAUGUGGAUGAGUCUAACAUACAAAUUGAUGUAGAUGUAGACAUGAGUGAAUUCCAUAAUGUUGUUGAUGUAGAUGAACAUGGAAUCUUAAACAACCAUUCAACAUUUGAAGGGAAUGACAUGGUUAAUGAUGAGUUGGAAGUUACCGCGAUUGAUGAUUAUCAAUUUGUGGGAUUUCAUGAAGAUGAUAGGAAGAGACUGCUAAAAGAGUUGAGUAAGUCAAGCAGAUGCUCACAUGGAGAGGUUCAUGUAAAACCAUUUCAGAUUGGCUAG